AUGAUUAAAGCUCUUUUUAAAGCUUUUGAGGUCCGAUGGAAAUCCUACAGGCACAGAUUUUGUCCCUGGAUAGCUUUAAAUCUGCAGAAAAACGAGAGAACUCUCCGUCACGUGAAGGAUCGAUCCCAAGACAAGUUAACUCAGGAUGAGGAGGUGUCCGAAUCUCUCGUGUGUUUAUUCACUGAACUACUGAAAAAUGAUCUGAAGAAUCAAUGUGAACUGAUCCGCUUACUCCCUAAAUCUAAACAAAACAUUUACACUAAUGUACAGAGUGAAACGCAUGAUGCUCCCUGUACAGUGAUGUUGAAUACUCUGGGCUUCGUGACCGAGCGGAAGUGCAGCUCACUACAGCACGCGGGGACAGGGGUGUUUGUCACGCGCGGGCGCGUGCAGAAAGGAAGUAUCGUGGCGAUGUAUCCAGGAACCAUCUAUCAGGCAGAUGAGCCGAUCUUCUUUCAGUCGAUCAGAAAUCCAUUUGUGUUCAGAUGCAUAGAUGGCAUUUUAAUUGAUGGCAAUGACAAAGCCAUGUCCAAGAUAGUGUACCGGUCGUGUAGUGGACGGGACAGGUUGGGUCCCUUCCGUUUGAGUGACAGCUCCUGGUUAACUCCUCAUCCCGUGAACCCUCUCGCAGUGGGACAGUAUGUGAACAACUGCUCUAACGAGAAAGCUGCGAAUGUCUGCUAUCAGGAGUUUGACGUGCCGGAUGGGUUUCCUCUGGAGCUCUGUCAGUUCCUGCCGAAUGUUAAAUACAGAGCUGAUUCUCAAAGACCUUUGCGCUGUGUUGUUCUCGUGUCACUAAGAGAUAUUGAUCGCGGUGAAGAACUGUUCUCCAACUACUACACAAUUGUGCAAUAAAUUAAGUUGAUUUUUCUAAAGCAAAAGUGUG